AACUCCACGGACUAGAUGUGCUCUUUAAAUACGUAGAAAUUGUCCUGUUUUGUGCCAGUGCAUUUUUCAAGAGGCCUUCUAAUCCGUUCACCCGUGACACAGAAUAUUGUCGAUGCUAUUAUUGAACAGCUGGCUACAGUGCGUUCAGGACGUGCAAAAACACAAUGGCAUUUCUGAACAUAGCCCAAGCUCUGAAAUUGGCAGCGUUAGGAUGCAGUUUUUUGGCUGGUGUGGAACUCAUCAAGCCAGGCUCAACACAGUCACGAAAGGUUCUAUUGUUUACUCUCAUGGACAUUGCAUACUUGGUAUCAUGUGCUGGGACGUGUUCUGCAUUUAUACUCGAAAUAUAUUACGCUUUGUGCAACGAGACCGCAGGCAUUAGCUGGACUGAAAAACAAAUCUUUGACGUCGUCUUCAUCUUACUGUUCUGCGUCACAAUCGUGCUGUUGUGUGUCAUAUUUAUUCAGCAACGACUCAGCGGCGCAUGCGCUCCAGGUAUUAUAUGCAUUGUUCACGGCAUGAUUCUUUCAACAAUGAUAAGUGAUAUUUUGGAGGCAAUCGAAUAUGAACACUCCUACAGGCUAUCUGAAAGUAUUUUCCGCAUUCAUUCUGCGAAGAACGGAACUGUGUUGAUAUGCAGCACGUUCAUGGCUUUUGGAAACUUUUUGUUGUCUGGCUUCGCCUACUUGCCACAGGAUAAAUGGAGUCCCAAGCGUAAAAAACGUCAGGACUUGGACAGUUGCUCGCCGUUUUCUAAAGUGGUUGUCAGUAUCGUUUACAAGCACAUCAGAAACACUCUUUUUCGAUCAAGAGUUGUCAUAGAGGACAUCCCCAGGCUCGCUCGGCGCUUUCGCUGCAGCCCACGCCGCGAAAACGACUGCCAGAAAUUUAUCAAAAAAACCCAAAGCAUCAGCACCCCGUACCGUUUCUACUGCUUGGUGCUAAGGCACACCUGGACGGAACUUUUCUGGUCUAGUGCUUUGACGCUUCUCUACUAUUCAUCGCUUCUGCUGCGGAUUCCGCUGUUUGCCGGCCUACUGGCAGGUGCAAGCGACUUCUCCUUCUAUCAAUCUAUUACCCUCCUGUCUGUGUCAUGCAUCGCUGAAUGCCUCGUGUCAAGCAUGCAGGCUUACUCUAUUGUACAAAACCAACUGAAGGCUCAGCUUUUGCUUCAGACUGCCGUGUUUAAGAAGGUUACGUGCCUGUCAGCCACUGCCAUUUCCGAGAAUCCUGCAGGUCACGUUACUUCGCUAUUAGCCGCCGACAGCUGGCAAGUUGCAGUGUCUAUUUAUUAUCUGCCCAACACUCUGAUGGGCGUUUUGUGUGUACUCAUUGCGCUGGGUGUGCUUGGUGUGCGCAUGGGGUUCACGCCGGCAUGUGCCUGUUUCCUGUGGCUGGUCGUCAUCGCAAGCGCAUCGUUGUCUAUGGAACCAUUGCUUGACAAGUACUGCAAUAUCCUUUACAAGUACCGAGAUGAGCGACUGAAGAAGUUCAAUGAUUUUCUGUCCGUCUUUCGCCUGGUGAAGAUGUCUGCGCUGGAAGACGUUUUUCGAACUAAGCUCCUUGAACUCCGACUGAAGGAGGUAGGCCAAGCGUACCGCGUCAACGUACUGGACAGCCUUCUGGAGACACUCAUUAGUGCAUCUACAUCAGUGAUGAUCAUUCUUGCUUUUGCAAUCGUUACGUUCAUGAACCCGGAGAAAAUAUUUAGCCCAGCCACGAUAUACUCAUGUAUGUACAUCUUGACACUAAUGGAUGCUUUCACAACUACAAUGGCCCACGCUGUCAGGCUGAAGAGCCCGGUUUUUCGCAGUUGUCGAAGACUCAUGUCAUUUUUUGCUGAUGAAGAAUGGAAUGCUGCAGCAACGGAAAGCACUGGAGUCUGUGAAGCAGCCACGGGAGAAGUCACUUUGAGUGACUGCUCCUUCGCAUGGGCAAAGGAAGGCUCCAAGGUGGAUCUUCCGGUUCUUCAGAAUAUCAGCGUCAAAGUGAGCAAUGGCUCUAUUGUGGGCAUCGUUGGUUCUGUAGGGAGCGGAAAGUCUUCGCUUUUGUCUGCUGUCUCCGGCGACAUGAGACGCCUGAGAGGCUCCGCAGCGAUUAGAGGUACACUCGGUGUUGUGUGUCAGAGACCUCAUGUGUUCAACAUGACCAUUAGGGACAACAUAACCUUCGGCAGCAAGGUCGAUGAGUCGUACUACUGGAAAGUGCUGGAAGCCUGUCAAAUGAUUCCUGACAUCGAGAGACUUCCGGCUGGUGACUUGGCUGAAGCAGGAGAGAAGGGUGAAAUGCUCAGUGGAGGUCAGAAACAACGAGUAGCUUUAGCCCGGGCAGUCUACUCAAGGAGCGACAUUUACCUCCUGGAUGAUCCUACCAGCUCUCAAGAUGCCCGGGUAGCUCGCAGUAUCCUUGAGCGAGUCAUUGGGCCACAUGGUCUACUCGGAACAAAGACACGCCUCUUUGUAACCAACAACACGUGGCUACCGUUCAGUCCCGAUCAGUGGGUGCUGAUGCACGACAGGACCGCAGUGCUGUUUGAAGAUCUGAACCAGCUGAAGCAGCACUCGGGGGCGCCAACGGAAUUGUUCAAAGAACCGAACGGUAAACGAGUCGGCCAAAUCGAACCGAAAGAAAGGAAGGACGACGCACAAACGGUGACAGACAAGGAAGCAGUAAGGGUUGUUAAAGAAGAGGGAUUGUCUUCAAAUAAGGGUGUACUGGAAAUUUGCAUAGCGUACAUCAAAUACUCAGGCCCUUGCACAGUGCUGGCAUUGCUGUGUUUUGUGUCCAGCGCGGCGUUUACGGCCGGGCAGCUUGUCUGCAUCAGAGCAUGGGCGGCACUCAAGACCCAUGAAAAUAAUAUGAGCCACUCCAGCCGAGACAUAAUUGCCUGGCUUGCAUUGACCUGCAUAGGAGAUGUACUCUCCCGACUGUUCGGCGGAAUUCUGCUCGCUCGAGGAACUCGGCACUGCUCUCUGAGCCUCCAUGACAACAUGCUUGGUCACGUAGCCAACAGUCCGCUGUCGUUUUUCGACGCCACGCCACGCGGAAGACUACUGAACCGCUUUUCCGUAGAUUUGGAAAUGAACGACAGCCGUGCGUUCGUCGCGCUGAAGCAGCUGUACCAGACUAUGCUGGGCGUUGUUGCACGGCUCGCCGUCAUGGGAACGCAGGCGCUUAUCGUUUUUGCCCUGGCCUGCGGUGCAGAGAUUGUACUCGUCUUCAUAUUACGCCACGUCGUCGCUGCGAUUACUCUCGGCAGGCAAUACGAGAGUACAAGACUCUCCAGGCUCCUGCAGCACCUCGCGGAGACUCUGGACUCUGUGGGGAUGAUUCGCUGCUACCGGGUCAUGGACAAAUUUCGUGCCCGAUUCAGGCGACUCAUGAACGACUACAUAGAAGCCUUCAACGCAUUCGUUCUUUCGUACUCCUUCACCCGCCUCAUCUUCACAUGUUUCGGCGUGCUUGUUAUUUUCCUCGCUGUGGUCCUCGUUGUGGUGCCCAAUCAAGGGGACCAAGAAUCUGCAGCCACAGUUGGUCUAUCGCUUCUAUCGGCUUUGACGGUACCAUUUGCCAUGGCGGGUGUUUUCAUGGUCUUGUUUUGGGGUGUUCUGGGGUUUGUGGCGCUGGAACGUGCACUGGAAUACACGGAUUUGCCUAUUGAAGAGGAUACUUUACGUGGAAUAGAGUCCCCUUCUGAUCAAGUAAACAUGAUGAACCCACGUAUUUUCCUGGAGCCCUACGACGGUUUGUGGCCCAGUCAGGGUGUCGUGAAAUUUGAACACUUCAGUGCAUCCUACCGGCCUGGCGUUGUAGAAGAUACUCUAAAGGACAUCUGCUUCGUGGCAAACGCCGGAGAGAAGGUAGCUGUCGUGGGAAGGACAGGCGCUGGAAAGUCUUCACUUGUGCUAGCGCUUUUGCGGAUGAUUCAACGGACAUCCGGUGCCAUCACCAUUGACGGCACAGAUAUCUGCGAUGUGUCACUUAAGAGGUUGCGCUCGGCUAUAGCAAUCAUACCACAGGAUCCAUCCCUGUUCUGCGGUACUCUGCGCGAGAAUUUGGACCCUCAAGGUGGCAAGCCUGAUUCAGAGCUUUGGGAUGCCUUGCAGAAAGUGGGGCUUGAGGAAUUCACGAGAAGCAGCUCGGGCGGCCUCUCCUUUUUAAUAGCUGAAAAGGCAGAAAACCUAAGUGCCGGCCAGAGACAGCUGGUGUCAUUUGCUCGGGCGUUGCUUCGAGGCACGAAGAUUCUUGUGCUCGAUGAAGCCACUUCACAGAUGGACCAGGAAACAGAUCGCCGAGUGCAGACGACUCUUCGGGAAAGCUUCUCGCAUUGUACACUAAUCACCAUAGCACACCGCAUCGACACCAUCCUCGAUUAUGACAGAGUCGUCGUCAUGGGAGAUGGCAGAGUGAUAGAAUGUGGACGGAUACAUGAUCUCCUGGCUGACCGAGGCUCCACCUUUCACAGCAUGGCCGUUGGUGCUGGAAUACCGCUGGAGUAAUGAUCAGCAUUUUGCUUGAGGAAGCAAACACUGCCAACUGGUAACUGACCAUUGUAUGAUAGCACUAUAAUAAAAUCACAUCAUCUACCCUUCAA